AAACCUAUUUCGAUUUUCCCAGAGAAAACGUCAGGCACCAUUCAACAUGGGCUUGAAAUUCGCUAUCAAAAGCUAGUUAUAGCUGAAAUAUUGCUCUAAUUGUAGUGUUAUUGUUAUUUUAGUUUCAUUUUAUAUGUACAUUGUGUAACUCAUAAAUUAGUCGAAAAUGGAUACGUUUAUCUUAGGAUACUUCGAUUAUGGCGUUUGUUGAUCACUAAAUAAUUUCGUUCGGUUGAUAGUUUUCUUUCCAUUUGAUGUCUGCUUUUCGUUUCUAAUCGUUUGUUUUGUUCGUGUUUACGUGUUCUUUCGAAAUGGUUAAGGAAAAGCCUAAUUCAAUACGGAUAUACGACGAUGAGGGAUUUAGGCGCCGCGCGGCUUGUAUAUGCGUACGUUCGGACGCCGAAACGGAGGUGUUGCUUGUGACGUCUUCGCGUCGGCCUGACAACUGGAUUGUGCCGGGUGGAGGCGUGGAGCCUGAAGAAGAACCGUCGGUGACAGCGAUGCGUGAGGUGUUGGAGGAAGCCGGUGUCAUCGGCAAGCUGGGGCGAUGUCUGGGGGUUUUCGAGAAUCGAGAGCACAAACAUAGGACAGAAGUGUAUGUAAUGACCGUAACACAAGAGCUAGCUGAAUGGGAAGACUCCCGGCUCAUGGGACGUAAACGGCAGUGGUUCUCCAUCGACGACGCGCUCGCGCAGCUCGCCCUCCACAAGCCCAUCCAACGCCACUACCUGCAGCAACUCAAGAGGUCCAAACAAAACAAGCCAGAUGACCCGGGUAGUUAAGCUCCUACACCACCUAGGUUAAGAUCAGACUAAGCAUUGCACUGUGUCUAUAAGCUUAGAUUUAUGCAGUGCCGUCUUAUGUUACAAUACAAUUGUCACUGGGUACUACCGUAAUACUUAGUAAAAAUGUUUUUUAGUACCCAGUUCUUUAACACCAUGCUAGACAAAGUUUAACACAUGAACUGAUGAACACUAUUUUGUUAUAAACAUUGUUAUACAUAGUCCGUAGUGUAUAAUAUUUUCAAUAGCUUUUGUUCUACUUGCCAUUACAAUAUAUCGACUAUUUGUAAUUAUAUGUUAUGACAUUCUUGUGUUUUUGAAAUUGAAAAUAACUCGAGCGAUUGUAAUCUGCACGUGCCCUUGAGUCAUACUUUGUUUACAUAAGAAAUGUGACAAAAACGUAAUAUGGUGACUGUUGUGCCUCUUGUUUACGAAAAGUUGAGAAGACUGUCUGGUGUUGUUUCAUUUUACGAUUGAAUUUUAUUGUUUUUUUUUCUAUUUUCUUAAUAUUAAGGAAAAGUAAUAACGUUCGAAUGUGUAAAUAUUUGUGCGAUUUUUCUAGAAUUUAAAAGUAAUUCUCAUGCACCAUAUUACAUUGGACUUAACACAUGUAUGCAUAAAGCAACAAAUCCACAUUGGCUAUUCACAGAAACUGAAAUAAUUGUUGUUUUAAAAUCAAAUUUUUGCGCAAAUGUGGCUUGACGCCUUAAGUAUGCACACAAAAUAAACUAAUUAUUAAAGUGAGAUGUAAAUAAAUUUGUCAUAUAUCUACAUUAUAUAAACUUGUCAAAUUUACAACUAAGGCUUAUAAAACCACGGUAAUGCUCAUGUCGCAAGUAUGAGAUUUAUCAUUGCAAGAAAUACAUUUUCAACAUUGCUCGCAGUACCGGGUGAUUAAGGCUAUGAAAUUUCUACUAACCUCGAAUUGGGCCUGAAUAUAUACUUUUUAAAUUAUGUUUUUAUUUUAAUCUUAAUCAAUUGUUAUAUAAAUUUUCACCAGCAAUGUAGAGUGCAUCAUUAACAAAUUUUUAUCUUAUACAAAUGACUCAACCCAUAUCAUCAAAUGUUUGACUUUCAAGUUUUCAGCAUUUUAUAAAUGAUAUUUAAUAUAAAAGACAAAUGGACAAUAACUACCACUAUGUAUUGAAAGUUAAGAUUGCCAUUAUGAGGAUUUAUGGAAUUUAUUAGAGGAAAACUUUCUUGACAUGAAUAUUACCCAUUAACUUUUAAAUACAAGUCACAAUUUUCAAAUCAAAAUUUGUAAGAUAAUACAAUAAGAAAUAAGGCUUUUUUUUUUUAACCGCAACUCCAUCGAAUCGAUGAAAUUGCUGUUCUGUUUAAUAAUUAUCUUCACUUAGUUUUAGCUUUAUUAUAAACAUUAAAAUAAUUUAAGAAAAGCUAAAAUUUAUAGUGGGGAUUACUAUAUAAUUU